AUGGAGGCCGGGACUUGGAUCCGGACGGGUUUGCUGCUCUCGCUCGCGCUGCCGAGCGACGUGAACGCCGACGCAGGUGCGGUUCCGGCGUGCUCCACGUGGGGGCGCUCCCACUGGCGCACGGCCGACGGCGCCACCUUUCGCCUGCCGUCGGCGUGCAACCACCGCCUGGCGGCCGACUGCCGCGACGCCUACGAGAGCUUCGACGUGCAGAUGCGGCGGCGGGCGGCCGACGGCGACGGCGCCAUCCGGGCCGUCCUGAUGAGGCUGGACCGAGACGUGCUGGAGCUGCGGGCGGACGGCGGCGUGCGCGUCAACGGCAAAAGUGUGCGACUUCCUGCGGCGAAGCCGGGAAUGAUGAUCAAGAAAAUGUCGUCGAGGGUCCUCGUCAGCUCCAAACUGGGAAUACGACUCGUCUGGAACCUCAAUGACGCCCUGAGCAUCGAGAUUGACAGAAAAUAUGCAGGUUCGAUUUGCGGACUUUGCGGAAACUUCGACGGAAUCAACGACGAGUUGCUGAAAGACGGCGUGCCGCUUCCUGUCGCCGACUACGCCGACCGGCACAAAGUCAGCGGACCGGCGGAGACGUGCGAGGACGAGGAGCGAGACCAAGACGAGCCCGCCGUCGAUCAAAACUGUGCCGACAAGGAGUUGUGCACGCAGGUGUUGUCGGGCGCAGCGUUCGGCAGCUGUCGGAAUGUAGCGGACACGGACGCCUUCGUCCGAGCGUGCGCGGCCGACGCCUGCCACGCGGCCGCGCACGACGCUUCGCGCAUCUUGACAGCCGUCUGUCAAAGCGUGUCCGAGUUCUCACGACACUGCGUCCGCGGCGGAGGUGUGCCGGGAACGUGGAGGAACGCCACCUUCUGCCACCGGGAGUGCACGUCCCGCAUGGCGUUCGCGGAGUGCGCCCCCUCCUGUCCGGACAGCUGCAGCGACCCUCAGGCCAGCCGGACCUGCGACACACGAUGUCACGACGGCUGCAGCUGCCCCCCCGGCACGGUGCUGGAUGACAUCAGCGACUCGGGCUGCGUGGCCGUCCAUCAAUGUCCUUGCUCGCACAACCGGCAGGUGUACCCGGCCGGACACACCUACUCGCACGACUGCGGAUCAUGCGUGUGCGAGGACGGCCGCUGGAGGUGCUCGGAGGACGGCGAGUGUCCGGGGAGCUGCUCCGUGGAGGGCGGAGCUCACGUCAACACCUUUGACGGCAAAGUCUACACUUUCCACGGAGAGUGCACGUACGUGCUAGCCAAGAGUAACGAUUCGUCGUACACGGUCUUGGUGGAUCUGGUCCAAUGUGGCGUUGCGGACGGUAGGACUUGUCUGCGGGCGGUCACACUGGCCUUGAACAGCAACUCUGUGGUGGUGAAGAUCCAAGCUUCCGGGCAGGUGUACAUCAACAAUAUCCUUUCCCAACUUCCUUUCUUCACACCCGAGCUGAGCGUCUUCCGUCCGUCGUCCUUCUACGUGUUGAUCGGCGCCGGCCCGGGUCUGCGCCUCAUGCUGCAGAUUUCUCCCAUCAUGCAACUGUUCCUGUCCGCGCCCGCCUCGCUCAAAGGAAGCACCUCAGGCUUGUGCGGCGACUUCAACGACGUGAUGAGCGACGACUUCCGCGUGCCGAGCGGUCUGGUCGAGGGCGCCGCCGCCGCCUUCGCCAGCACGUGGAAAACCCGAGCCGCCUGCCCCGACGUCAGGACGCGCUUCGGACACCCGUGUGCUCACGGCAUUAGCAAGGAGAGCUACGCUCAGUACUGGUGCUCCAAACUGACUGAUCCCAGUUCAGCCUUCGGCGCUUGCCACUCAGUGGUCAGUCCAGACACCUUCAGAGACAACUGCGUGUACGACGCCUGCACGUGUGAGCAAAGCGAGUCGUGCAUGUGCGCCGCCGUGUCCGCCUACGUGUACGCGUGCUCUGCGGCGGGAAUCCGGAUCAGCGGCUGGAGGAGCGACGUCUGUGGCCGCCUGUCCUCGUGCCCGGCGGGCACGGUGUACGACUACAACAUGACCAGCUGCGGCCGCACGUGCCGCUCGCUGAGCGGGCCGGACCAGGCGUGCCGGGCGCGCUUCGUGGCGGUGGACGGCUGCGGCUGCGCCCAAGGAAGCUACAUGGAUGAGAGCGGGCGUUGCGUGGCCGCCGCGCAGUGCCCGUGUUACCUGGACGACGACAUCAUCCCGCCCGGACAGGCCGUCAACCACCAGGGAGGCACAUGCAUCUGCAGACACGGCGCCCUCAGCUGCUCCGGAGGGGCAAGUGCACCCUCCCACCGGUGCGCGGUCCCCAAAGUCUACUUGAACUGUUCCGCGGCCCCUCUGGGCUCCACGGGCGCCGAAUGUGAGAGGAGCUGCGGCACCGUGGACAACUUGGCGUGUAUCAGCGGCGGCUGUGUCUCGGGCUGCGUGUGUCCCGACGGUCUGGUUUCCGACGGGCUCGGGGGCUGCGUCGACGCCGGCAGAUGCCCGUGCGUCCACAACGGUCACGCCUACCGGCCCGGGCACGUCCUCCGAGUGGACUGCAACACCUGCACGUGCACAGGCAGAAGGUUCACAUGCACGAGCAAGCUGUGCGACGGUGUGUGCGGUAUCUACGGCGACGGCCAUUACAUCACCUUUGACGACAAGAGGUUCGCCUUCCACGGACAGUGCGAACACACGCUCGUGCAGGACUAUUGCGGCCACAACGAGACAACGGGAAGCUUCCGGAUUAUCAGCGAGAACGUUCCGUGCGCAAGCUCACCGACGGCAACCUGCUCCAAGAACAUCAAGAUCUUCAUUCAGGAUGAUGAAGAAUUCCACCUGACGGAGGAAAGGUUCCACGUAAUCCGGAGCCACCGGCUGGUUCUUCCGGCGCAGGUGCGUCAGAUGGGCGUCUACAUGGUGGUCACCAUCAAACCGGGAGUCGUCAUCAUGUGGGACAAGAAGACCUCUGUCUUCAUCAAACUGGCGCCAGACUAUCGAGCUCGGGUGUGCGGCCUGUGCGGCAACUAUGACGGAAACAUCCGCAACGACCUGGCCAAGCGGUCCGGAGACAGGGUUACCGACGUGCUCGAGUUCGGGAACAGUUGGGCGGUGUCUGGGUCCGGCUGCUUCGAUGCCGCCCGCCCCGUUCCGGUGCCUGACCCGUGCCGCGCCAACCGAUACCGUGCCGCAUGGGCGCAGACGCAGUGCAGCGUCAUCAUCGGCGUCACCUUCAACACCUGUCACUUGCGGGUCGAUCCUGGUCCGUACUAUGACGCAUGCGUGCGUGAUUCGUGCGCGUGCGACAGCGGUGGCGACUGCGAAUGUUUGUGCACGGCGGUGGCAGCCUACUCUAAGGCUUGUAAUGAGGCCGGCGCUUGUGUACGAUGGAGAACGCCCAAAUUUUGCCCCAUCUUCUGCGACUACUACAACACCCCUGGAGGCUGCGAGUGGCACUACAAGCCGUGUGGAGCGGACUGCAUGAAGACCUGCAGGAAUCCUUCGGGAAGUUGUUCUCAGCUCAUCAGCGGUUUGGAAGGAUGUUACCCUCAGUGUCCUCCCAGUCGUCCGUACUUCGACGAGGACAGCAUGACUUGCGUGUCGUGGGAUCAAUGUGGUUGCUAUGACAACCAGGGCGCCCAUUACGCCGUGAGCGAGGCGGUUCCUGCUGAUAACUGUCACACUUGCUUGUGUACGGCGUCUGGAAUACAGUGUAUCUACAACGUAAACACCUGUUCGUGCUUCAUCAACGGCAAAACAUACGCUUACGGCGCCACUAUCUACAACACGACGGACGGGCUGGGAAACUGCAUCACAGCAACGUGCGGAACCAACGGGACUGUGAGCCGGAACGUUGAUCUGUGUUUCACAACCGUCGGCCCGUCACCGCAGACAACACCGUUUACCUUCAGCACAGCGGGAAUGACAACGAACGGAGCAACCACCAGACCUCAAGAGACAACCACCAGAAAGGGAACAACAGUCAAGACAGACACAACACCACCACCAAGAAACACCACUACUCCGACAACCACUUCUGCCACAGUUGUUGGAGAAACAACUACCUUCGUACCAGGUGUCACAACUACAGCUACUGAAUACACAAGAACAUCCCAACCCUCUUUUAGUACCACAACUACCAAGGUUCCCACAACAACCAAAGGUGGAACGACCCCAAGAGCUGAAGAAACAACUACAAUACAGAAAACAACUGUACAGGGUGGGAUAACAACCCCCGAAUUCACCACUAACCCAAUAACCACGACCACAAUUAUUGAGAAAACGACCUUUGCACCAGAUUUAACCACAACAGCAACUGAGCACACAGGAAAUACACCCCAAACGUCUAUUAGUACCCCAACUACCAACGUUCCACCAACAACCUCAAGUAGAACUUCAACCAAACCUGGGGACACAACCACCACAGAGAGAACAACAGUAAAAAGCGAGACGACAACAACACUCAGCUUCAGCACUGGCCCAACAACACCUUCUGUUACAUUUGUUGGUGAAACUACACCAACAAAUGUAACAACGACUACUAGAGCUGGAGAAAAAACCACAAGAGAGAAAACAACUGUACAGGGUGAGACAACAAAACCUGAAUUCCCCACUGGAUCAACAACCACUUCAACCACAAUUUUUGGAGAAACUACAACCUUACUUCCAGGUUUCACAACUACAAACCCUGAGUUGACUGGAACAACGUAUCAACCCUCUGUGAGUACCACAACUACUAAAAUACCAACAACAACCUCAAGACAAACUCCCACAAGAACUGGAGAAACAACCACCACCGAGGUAACAACAGUAAAGAGUGAGGUAACAACACCCAGAUUCACCACUGGUCCAACAACGUCUACUACAGUUGUUGGUGAAACAACAACAGCUACACAACACACAGGAACAACAUCCCAACCCUCUUUCAGUACCAUGACUACCAACGUUCCGACAACAACCAAAGAAGAAAAUACUACUAGAACUGGAGAAACAACCACAAGAGCGAAAACAACUGUACAGGGUGAGACAACAAAACCAGAAUUCCCCACUGGAUCAACAACCACUUCAACCACAGUUUUUGGAGAAACUACAACCUUACUUCCAGGUUUCACAACUACAAACCCUGAGUUGACUGGAACAACGUAUCAAACCUCUGUGAGUACCACAACUACUAAAAUACCAACAACAACCUCAAGACAAACUCCCACAAGAACUGGAGAAACAACAACCACAGAGGUAACAACAGUAAAGAGUGAGGUAACAACACCCAGAUUCACCACUGGCCCAACAACAACAUCUACCACAGUUGCUGGUGAAAUGACAACAGCUACCAAAUCCACAGGAACAACAUCACAACCCUCUUCAGGUACCACAACUACGAAGGUUCCAACAACAACCAAAGGAGAAACUACGACCAGACCAGGAGAAACAACUACAGUAGUGGAAUCAACCGUGCAGGGUGAGACAACAAAACCAGAAUUCCCCACUGGACCAACAACCACUUCAACCACAGUUUUUGCAGAAACUACAACCUUACUUCCUGGUUUCACAACUGCAAACCCUGAGUUGACUGGAACAACAUAUCGACCCUCUGUGAGUACCACAACUACUAAAAUACCAACAACAACCUCAAGACAAACUCCCACAAGAACUGGAGAAACAACAACCACAGAGGUAACAACAGUAAAGAGUGAGGGUGAGACAACAAAACCAGAAUUCCCCACUGGACCAACAACCACUUCAACCACAGUUUUUGCAGAAACUACAACCUUACUUCCUGGUUUCACAACUGCAAACCCUGAGUUGACUGGAACAACGUAUCGACCCUCUGUGAGUACCACAACUACUAAAAUACCAACAACAACCUCAAGACAAACUCCCACAAGAACUGGAGAAACAACCACCACAGAGGUAACAACAGUAAAGAGUGAGACAACAAAACCAGAAUUCCCCACUGGACCAACAACCACUUCAACCACAGUUUUUGCAGAAACUACAACCUUACUUCCUGGUUUCACAACUGCAAACCCUGAGUUGACUGGAACAACGUAUCGACCCUCUGUGAGUACCACAACUACUAAAAUACCAACAACAACCUCAAGACAAACUCCCACAAGAACUGGAGAAACAACCACCACAGAGGUAACAACAGUAAAGAGUGAGGUAACAACACCCAGAUUCACCACUGGUCCAACAACAAUGUCCACUACAGUUGUUGGUGAAACAACAACAGCUACACAAUACACAGGAACAACAUCCCAACCCUCUUUCAGUACCAUGACUACCAACGUUCCGACAACAACCAAAGAAGAAACUACUACUAGAACUGGAGAAACAACCACAAGAGAGAAAACAACUGUACAGGGUGAGACAACAAACCCAGAAUUCCCCACUGGAUCAACAACCACUUCAACCACAGUUUUUGGAGAAACUACAACCUUAGUUCCAGUUUUAACAACAACAAAACAUGAGCUAACAGGAACAACAUCCCAACCUUCUGUGAAUACUACAACUACCAACGCUCCGACAACAACCAAAGGAGAAACUACGGCCAGACCAAGCGAAACAACUACAGUAGUGGAAUCAACCGUGCAGGGUGAGACAACAAAACCAGAAUUCCCCACUGGACCAACAACCACUCCAACCACAGUUUUUGCAGAAACUACAACCUUACUUCCUGGUUUCACAACUGCAAACCCUGAGUUGACUGGAACAACAUAUCGACCCUCUGUGAGUACCACAACUACUAAAAUACCAACAACAACCUCAAGACAAACUCCCACAAGAACUGGAGAAACAACAACCACAGAGGUAACAACAGUAAAGAGUGAGGUAACAACACCCAGAUUCACCACUGGCCCAACAACAACAUCUACCACAGUUGCUGGUGAAAUGAUAACAGCUACCAAAUCCACAGGAACAACAUCACAACCCUCUUCAGGUACCACAACUACGAAGGUUCCAACAACAACCAAAGGAGAAACUACGACCAGACCAGGAGAAACAACUACAGGAGUGAAAUCAACCGUGCAGGGUGAGACAACAAAACCUGAAUUCACCACUGGCCCAACAACCACUUCUACCACAGUUUUUGGAGAAACUACAACCUUAGUUCCAGUUUUAACAACAACAAAACAUGAGCUAACAGGAACAACAUCCCAACCUUCUGUGAAUACUACAACUACCAACGCUCCGACAACAACCAAAGGAGAAACUACUACUACAACUGGAGAAAAAACCACAAGAGAGAAAACAACUGUACAGGGUGAGACAACAAAACCAGAAUUCCCCACUGGACCAAAAACCACUUCAACCACAGUUUUUGCAGAAACUACAACCUUACCUCCUGGUUUCACAACUACAAAUCCUGAGUUGACUGGAACAACGUAUCAACCCUCCGUGAGUACCACAACUACUAAAAUACCAACAACAACCUCAAGACAAACUCCCACAAGAACUGGAGAAACAACCACCACAGAGGUUACAACAGUAAAGAGUGAGGUAACCACACCCAGAUUCACCACGGGCCCAACAACACAGUCUACCACAAUUGUUGGUGAAACAACAACCUUACUUGCAGGUUUAACAACUACACAACCUGAGUUGACAGUAACAACGUCUCAACCCUCUGUGAGUACCACAGCUACUAAAAUACCAUCAACAACUUCAAAACAAACUACUACAACUGUAAAGACUGAGAUAACAACACCCAGAUUCACCACUGGCCCAACAUCUACCACAGUUAUUGGUGAAACGACAACAGCUACCAAAUCCACAGGAACAACAUCCCAACCCUCUUUUAGUACCGGAACUACGAACAUUCCAACAACAACCAAAAGGGGAACUACCACCAGACCCGAAGAGACAACCACCACAGAAGUAACAACAGUAAACAGUGAGAUAACAACACCCAGAUUCACCACUGGCCCAACAACGUCUACCACGGUUGUUGGAGAAACAGCAACCUUAGUUCCAGGUUUAACAACUACACAACCAGAGUUGACAGGAACAAUUUCUCACCCCUCUGUGAGUACCACAACUACUAAAAUGCCAACAACAACUUCAAGACAAACUACCACCGCAGCUACCAAAUCCACAGGAACAACAUCACAACCCUCUUUUAGUAACACAACUACAAACCUUCCAACAACAACCGAAGAGGGAACUACCACCAGACCUGGAGAAACAACCCACACGGAGGGAACUACAGUAAAGAGUGAGACCACACACAGAGUCACUACUGGUCCAACAACCAUUUCUACCACAUUUGUUGGUGAAACAACAACAGUUACACAAUACACACGAACAACAUUCCAACCGUCGUUUAGUACCACAACCACCAAAGUUCCAACCACAAUCAAAGGGGAAAGUACCACCAGACGUGCAGAAACGACAACUGGUGAGAGAAAAACUGUACAGAGUGAGACAACAACGCAACCGAAAUUUACAACUGGCUCAACAACUGAGGCAACCACAGUUUUUGGGAAAACUACAAUACCAGGUUUUACAACUAAUGACUACAAAGCAACAACAUCCCAACCGUUUGUCAGCAUCACCACUACCAAAGUUCCAACAAAAACUUCAAGUAGAACUAGCACCACCCCUGGAGAGAGAACCACCAGAGAGGGAACAACACUGAAUAGUGAGGCUACAACAACACUCAGAUUCUCCACUGUCCUAACAACCAAUGCGACACUUUUUACAACAACAUCCCAACCCUCUAGUAGUACUACCAGAGUAUUCUCAACCACUGAGGGUGUUUUCACUGGAGAGCCACAAACAACUGUUGUGAUUACAAAACCUUCACUUACAGGCACAACUAUUUUGACUCCAACACCUGUUCUCGGGACAACCGUUAUCAGACCCAUAACACAAACAUUUCCCGACACUGUGACUGUGUCCACAAGUGGAACAACCACGACUGGUCAAGCCAGAACAACAGCCUCUCCGUCUUCACUUCCGUUUACCACGACGUUGUGUUCCUGCUUUUUCAACGGGACUACAUACCUUCCUGGUGAUUUUGUGUACAAUGUGAGUGACGGUUUAGGUUGGUGUUUUGUUGCGUAUUGCAAUGCAUUUUGUAAAGUGGAGACACGAUCCAGUCCGUGUCCGACGCACGCACCAAGCACCGCUGCGGAGUCUACUUCCUCAGAGUCUACGGCCACCACCACAGCGGCCUCACUUUCAACAACAACCACCUUCCCUUCCACUACCGUCCUCGACUGCUCUCAACUGUUUCCACCCAGAAAGAAUGGAGAGUCCUGGAAAGUGGAGAACUGCACCUUGGCUACCUGUGUCAAUGGAGUGGUCACAGAGUCAACGACAGCCUGUCCUACCACGCAACCAUUAAUCUGCACCAACGGAAGGAAAGCCGUCAAGGUCUAUGAUGACGGCAGAUGCUGCUUCCACUAUGAAUGUCAAUGUGUGUGCAGCAUCUGGGGUGAGUCUCACUUCAUGACCUUCGAUGGCAAGUCUUACAGCUUCCACGGGAACUGCUCUUACUACCUGGUCAAGGAGAUCAUAGCAAAGCACGAGCUGACCGCGGUGAUCAACAACCACGACUGCAACCUUCCGGACAGCAGUUUUUGUCCUCAGGCUCUCAACCUCACUUACAAAUCCUACCGAGUGCUGCUAACGCAGAGGAAGACUUCGGGACUUGUCAGCAAUGUGGCGUUCGUGAACCAGAAACAGAUUUUUUCUGACUGGAGUAACUCAGUUCUGCGUCUGACCGGGAGGGAGCUGAUGAUCAUACUGGAGAUCCCAGAAAUCCAGAGCCAGGUGCGCUACAGGGGCUCGUCCUUCAGCAUCCACCUGCCAAACUCCCUGUUUGGCGGAAACACAGAGGGACAGUGUGGGACGUGCGACAACUCCCAGUACAACGACUGCCGCUCCCCCAACGGACAGGUGGAGAGCUGCUCCGAAUCGUCCGACCGUUGGCUCGUCCCAGGAACGCCCUGUGGCGUCACCCCCACCGGGUCGCCAGUUACCACGGCAACAGCCGGAGCGACCACGUCGGAGCCGUCCGCCUCGCCCACGCAAACUUCCUGCAAACCGGCCAUCUGCGACCUGAUCACCAGCAGCGUGUUUGCGGGGUGCCACGUCCUGGUGCCUCCGGAACCUUUCUUUGCGUCAUGCGUGUUGGACAUCUGCGGCGGCGCCAACCACUCCUGCUCCAGUUUGGAGGCGUACGCCACCCAGUGUUCAAGUGAGGGAAUAUGUGUGGACUGGAGGAACCGCACCCAGGGCCAGUGUGAACUCGUGUGUCCCGGCAACAAAGUCUACAUGGCAUGUGGCCCCCUGGUGGAGCCCACGUGCAACGACAGGUACAACAGGAGGUUCCAGGUCCAGUCAAACGGCACCAAGGAGGGCUGCUUCUGUCCGCAGGACUCCAUCUUGUUCAACAGUGUUUACGACACGUGCGUCACUUCGUGCGAUUGUGUGGGACCGGACGGCAAACCCAAACAGGCGGGCGACACGUGGACAAGCGACUGCAACACGUGCCGUUGUGACGGCGACUCGCUGAGCGUCCUCUGCCAGCCCGUCCGGUGCCCGCCGGCCCCCGGCGACCUCACCUGCGCCCGACCCGGCCAGCAGCUGACCGCCGCCGUUGACGGGUGCUGCGCCGUGCAGUCGUGCGAAUGUAACGCCGACUUGUGCCCACCGCCGCUGAGCUGCUCGCCGGGUUUCAGUCUCAAUUUCACAAAUGAGACUUGCUGCCACGCGUACACCUGCGAGCCCAAAGGUGUGUGUGUCUACAACAUGACGGAGUACAAGCCUGGCGCCAAGAUCAUGACGACGCGAGCGUCCGGCGCACUUUUAAGCGUUUCCAAGCCGCUCGGACAAACAACAGCAGCGCCCCCGUCAGGACCGAAGCUCGCCGCCGCGAACGCGUGUGAAGAGUGUGUCUGCGGCGGCGUCGCUGAUCCUCACACGGGACUCAACAGCAUCACCUGCACGGCCGUCACGUGCGACCGCAACUGCUCUCAGGGCUUCCAGUACCAGCGUGCGGCAUCGCAAUGUUGUGGCACUUGUGUCCAAACCAGCUGCGUUGCGGUCACUCCCGACGACACGACACACGUCAUAGCGGUGAACACCACAUUCUGGUGGCCCGGUGACGCCUGCACGACGUUCACGUGCCAACGCGUCAACGGGCACCUGGUUACCAAGGAGACCAAGACCACCUGCCCCCCCUUCGACACACUCUACUGCAAACCAGGCAGCGAGACGACGGACGCUCGCGGCUGCUGUCGACGUUGUGAGCCGCGCGACGUGUGCCAAGUGCGGACGCGAGCGAGCGUCCUGGAGGUGAACGGAUGUCGCAGCAGCGGACCCGUCAACGUCACUUCCUGCGCCGGACGCUGCGGGAGCUCGUCCACGUACUCUGCGGCCGCCAACGCCAUGACUCGCCAGUGCGAGUGUUGCCGCGAGAGCGCCACCGGCAGGCGGGAGGUGGAACUAACCUGCCCCGACGGAUCCACGCUGCGGCACAGCGCCACCGUGGCGGAAGCGUGUCACUGCACUGCGACGGCCUGCCGGGAGGCGCCGACCGCCAGGGGGCGCCCGUGAGCCCCCUCGAUGACUGAAGCCUUCGUCCACAUCUAA